UGGACAUCUGCUAGGAGUCCCGUCCAUAUUAAUAGCCUCCCUUUACAUGUAUGUUAUCAAAGGGGGCAGCUCCUCAUCAGCCCAAGAGACUGGGAACUCUGAUACCUAAGGGGCUGCUGGUGACUUUGGGCUCCUCAUCAUGGCUUUCCACAGGCACACAGGGCCUGGCAGUUACACCGUGGGCACCAUGUCCGAGCGCUUCGACUGCUUCUACUGCCGCGACUCGCUGCAGGGGAAGAAGUACGUGCAGAAGGAGGGCCGGCACUGCUGCGUCAAGUGCUUCGACAAGAUCUGUGCCAACACCUGCAUCGAGUGCAAGAAACCCAUCGGGGCUGACUCCAAGGAGCUGCACUUCAAGAACCGGUACUGGCACGACACUUGUUUCCGCUGCGUCAAGUGCUACAAGUCCCUGGUGGAUGAGCCCUUCAUGCUAAGGGAGAACAACAAGGUUUGGUGCGGCGACUGCACCACCAACGAGGAUGCACCCAAGUGUAAGGGCUGCUUCAAGCCUAUUAUUGCAGGAGACCAAAACGUCGAGUACAAGAAGAUGGUCUGGCAUAAGGACUGCUUCACCUGCAGCCAGUGCAAGAAAGUGAUUGGAUCCGGGAGCUUCUUCCCCAAGGGUGAUGACUUCUACUGCGUCUCCUGCCAUGAGAACAAGUUUGCCAAGACCUGUGCCAAAUGCAAGAACCCCAUCACUUCUGGAGGCCUCACUUACCAGGAACAGCCUUGGCAUUCCGAGUGCUUUAUCUGCUCCAACUGCAAGAAGCAACUGGGUGGGAAGCGCUUCACGGCUGUAGAGGAUGAGUUCUACUGUGUCGAAUGCUACAAGGAAUGUGUUGCCAAGAAGUGUGCUGGCUGCAAGAACCCUAUCACAGCAGGAUUUGGAAGAGGAACCAGCGUGGUUAACUAUGAAGAUGAGUCCUGGCACGAUUACUGUUUCAAAUGCACAAAGUGUGCCCGUGGCCUGGCCAACAAGCGCUUUGUUCGCCAUAACGGAAAGAUUUACUGUGCUGAGUGUCCCAAACGACUGUAAGGAGCAGACUAGAGCAGAGUUUAGAGCCCUGCUUUCCCAACCAGGCCUGCAAAAGGAGGUUUUUGCAUGUGAAGCAUUUAAGCUUUUUCCAUUUCAGUAUAAGAACUAAA